AUGUCUGCUAAACUGUUCUCCGUGAACACCGUCGCUUUUAAAUGUUUGAAAACUCUCCAAGACUGUUCUACACGAGGGUUUAGCAUUGGAGCUGCAUCCCUUGGUUCAGUGAAUUUAAAAGGUCGCAGCUGCCUGACUCUGAAAGACUUCAGCUCAGAUGAAAUCAGGAGGCUGCUGUGGGUUUCAGGGGAUCUGAAACAUCGGAUCAAGCAUGAAAAACAGUAUCUUCCUCUCCUGCAAGGAAAGUCGAUUGCCAUGAUAUUUGAAAAGAGAAGCACCAGAACGAGAAUGUCCACAGAAACAGGUUUUGCUUUGCUGGGUGGGCACCCCUGUUUCCUCACCUCUCAGGACAUCCACCUGGGAGUGAAUGAGAGUGGCACCGACACAGCUAGGGUUCUCUCGGGACUCUGUGAUAUUGUCUUGGCACGAGUGUACAGCCAUUCCACACUGGAGGAGCUGGAUAAGGAGGCGUCCAUCCCCAUCAUUAACGGCCUGUCUGACCUCUACCACCCGAUCCAGAUUCUGGCUGACUUCCUCACUUUACAGGAGCACUAUGGGUCCCUUCGUGGACUAACAGUGAGCUGGAUUGGCGAUGGGAACAACGUGCUCCACUCUUUCAUGAUGACUGCAGCUAAAUUAGGAGUUAAUCUUAAAAUUGCUACACCAAAGGGGUAUGAGCCUGAGAGGAGUGUUAUUCAAGAGGCACAAAGGCUCUCCAAAGAGCAUGGGACCCAGCUUGUCCUGACCUCUGACCCGAUGGAGGCCGCCCACGGCAGUAAUGUGUUGGUCACCGACACCUGGGUCAGCAUGGGACAGGAGGAGGAGAAGAAAAAGAGGCUCAAGGACUUUAAGGGUUACCAGAUUACAAUGCAGACAGGAAGUGUGGCCAAACCAGACUGGACCUUCCUGCACUGUCUCCCCCGGAAAAUGGAGGAGGUGGAUGAUGAAGUAUUCUACUCAUCCCGCUCCCUCGUCUUCCCCGAGUCAGAGAAUAGAAAGUGGACAAUUAUGGGUCUGAUGGUUUCUCUUCUGACCGACUACACUCCACAGAUCCCCAUGCAAAAGUUUUAACGUCAGGUCAUACGGUGUAAUUUCACACAUGAUGGCAAUCAGCCUGAACGUGACAUGUAACGCAUUCCCUCGCAGUCUCCACACAUGCUUUAUGUAGCAGCUAUAAAAAUAAGUGUUGUUUUGUUAUUUUUUGAGGAAAUGCACAUAGGUUGUGUGCCUGAACCAAAUAUAUGUAUAAAUUAAUGCCACGCUACCAUUGACCACACCACUGCUUUUGUUUAAUUUUAGCCUAUUAAGUAUACCACACAGUUUUUAAUGGGUUACAAUAAAAUCUAUUUGUAAACAAUUGAAACUAGCUUGUGUAUUUGGUUUUAAAAGUAAUUCAUAUUUUACCAUUCAGUGUUUAAAAUGGACAAAAGCACAGGUAUAAUAAAUUCCCUUAGUGAACAUUGUGUUAAGGUUAAUGCCCCUCGCCCUUGGUUGAAUAUUACUUUUCUGAAUGUAUACUUAUGGGCCUUUCACAUAAUGGGCUUCCCUUUUAAAAUGCCAAUGUUUAGUUAUGUGUAAAGAGUUGUUGACAAAGUACAAAUGAUACUAAAUAAUCAAGUUGUAGUUUUUAUUUUUCAUUAUUGAGAUCAACAGAAAGAUAAUUAUAUGCUAAACUACAAUGGUUCCAUAUUCAAAUGCUCUGGCUUGUAAGUGCACACAUAAAAUAAAUGUUAAACCAUGAAAA